AUGAAAUCGAUAUGGGGCAUGAAGCCAAAGCCACAAGCUUCUGCGAACGCUGACGCUGCUCCUGGUAUUCGACACAGGAAGGUAACCGCGACUCAUCUCCGUGUCCAGAAGGAUAUAACCGAACUAUCCCUCCCCAAAUACCAGAAGACGACCUUCGAAAACAAAGACAACCUUCUCAACCAAAGUUCCCACAUGCUACACAAAAACUCCUCUGUAAUGACAGGAUCUACCACCGGAGCACCGCUCUCCAAGGCAAGCGACAGCUAGUGAGACUACAAAGGCACGCGUGCGAUAGCUAGAGCAUUCUGGGUAGAAAUUCUGCGUGAGGACUUGCAGUCGCUUACAAGCUGGCAUUGGUGGUCUCCAGUUCUUGUUCCUAGAACCCAACGACCACUGGCCCUUCGACAAGAAAGCUACAGAAGACCUCAGCGGAAGCCGUGAAAGCCUCAAACGAACUGGUGGGCAAUCAAUACGUGGUGGCAUGGUUAAAUCAGAGCCUUUUGACAAGGUUUGGAAGACUCGAGGCUAGAGGGUUGGCUACAUAACGGACUUGCAGAACCACAUUGAGAGUUGGGAUGGGAAUGGCAGUCAGCCCAUAGGAACAUUCGUUUUCAAGCCCUCGGUACGUGAAUGUCAUAGGACAAUUGUCUAAUGAGCUUCCUGGAUAAGGCUAAUUGGAACAGGAGAACGCAAGCAUCCUUCAACGGAGAUACUCCCUACGAGAAUCUGCCAUCACCGCCAAAAGCGGAAGAAUGUCCUUCUGGAUCGGAUCUCAUUUGCAGAAUGAUUGUGUUGUCUUGCUCAAACUUGACCACAAGCCAGGACAAAAUCCCCGAAGAAGCGACCGAGACAAAUCGAAAAUCUCCGCGGGAUUAUCUCAAAUAACUGGUCAGGAAUCCGGAACACACCAUCUAGCCAACUGGGCAAAACCAGAAGAGAAUGGUAUGCGAGGCGAAGAGUUCGAAUAA